AUGGCAGAUCCGACUGAGCACCAGUGGCUACGCCUCAUGGAUCUGGUACGGGCUGACAAGGAGAUGCAGGGCGAGUUCAUGGGGCCUGGUGCCGCUGGCCGAGUUAUCGCCAAGUGGGAGGCUCUUGCCGCGCAGAUAAACGCCAUGGGCGGCGCGUUUAAGACCGGGGAGAAGUGGAAGGAGGCAUUCAACAACCUGAAAAACCGAGCUAAGCGCCAAUACAAUGAGCGUGGCAGGUAUAUGGCCGCUACAGGUGGUGGCCCACCACCACCUGCUCAUCUAGGCCUAAGUCUGGUCUACCAAAAGGCGAUGGAGUUUGUGCCCAGGGAACAACUCCACGGCAACCCAGUACCGAAUGCUCUGCAGAUGUACAAUGUAUUUCGUAAUUCACUAAUUACAAAAUGUGUUGUACAUGUACAAUAUUGCACUCUUGCUCAUUGA